AGGGCAGGGCAGGACGGGCUAAAUAGCGGCAGCGCCGAGCCGAGCCGGGCCGGGCAGGAUGGGCGAGGCGGCGGCGGGCAGCGCCGUGCCCCCGCUGCCGGCCGAGGCGGCGGGCGGGCAGGUGAACGCGCUGACCGUGCUGGCCCUGCUGGAGAAGCUGGUGUCCAUGCUGGAGGCGGUGGAGGGCCACCAGCGGCAGAUGGAGCAGCGGCAGCGCGGCUUGGAAGGGGCGGUGCGGGGCAUCCAGGACGACCUGGUGAAGCUGUGCCGCAGCCACGGCGCCACGGGCGAGGCGGUGGAGAAGCUGCUGGAGAAGUCGCGCAAGGUGUGCGCGCACACCCGCGCCGUGCGGGAGCGCCUGGACCGCCAGUGCGACCAGGUGCGGCGGCUGGAGCAGCACCACGCCCAGCUGCUGCGCCGCGACCGCUUCAAGGUGCUCAUCUUCCAGGAGGAAAAUGAGAUCCCUGCCAGUGUUUUUGCAAAAGAGCCCGUUCCUAGCAUUACAGAAGGAAAAGAGGAGCCCGUGGAUGAGAACAAAACACUGGAAGAAACCUUGCACACCGUGGAGUUGGGUUCGGAUGACGAUAUGUUUCACGAGGGAGACGACUUAGAUGACAGUGCAGAGGAGAAAACAGAAGAAUCAAGAGCUGAGAAACUGAAAAGGUCCAGCCUCAAGAAGGUGGACAGCCUCAAGAAAGCCUUCUCCCGCCAGAACAUCGAGAAGAAGAUGAACAAGAUCGUGUCGCCCGAGCGGAGGGAGAAGAUCAAGAAAUCUCUCACUGUGCACCACCAGAAAUCCUCCUCUUCCAAGGGCUCGGGGUUCAAGGUGUCUCCCCUCACCUUCAGCAGCAAGAAAGGCCGUGAGGGAGAGAGCCCAGCCGAAGGUGAGGACAGAGCAGAAAGCGCCAGCAACGAGCAGGCGGAGAACGAGGAGGAGGCGUCCCUGGGCGAGACGCGCUCGGACGUGGCACCCAGCACCUCCCUGGCCGAGGAGGGCAAGGCAGCCAUGGAGGGCAAGGCCGUGGUGAGCAACAACAUCGAGCUGUCCAUCGUGGAGGACGACGAGGAGUACGGGGUGCCCCUGGAAGUCCCCAGCCAGAAACUGUUCGACGAGAGGAGCAUCCCGGUCGGCGGGGAAAUGGAACAAUCUGACGAGGAGAGCGCCCAGGCUGCCGUCCUGCAGGUGAACCAGACAGCCUGAGCAGCCCCAGGCACCCACGGCUUUCCUGAGGCAGCCACUCUCCCAUCCUUGCCUCUGCAGUGAUAAUUUAUUGCAUCGCGGACUCGGUCAAUGACUUCAGCUGCAGCCGCUCUGCUUUAGGCCGAGUCGCUGGUGGUCGUGAGUUUAGCGAUGGUGUCACAGAGGAUGUCUGCUAGAAGCAAGCUGAUCACUGGCUUUCUUAGAGUUAGGUCACAGGAACACCUGGAGGCAUUUCUGUGCUCUUUCCUCCCCCCAGUAUUCCCCAGCACUGUGAGUAGUUUUGUAUGUAGAUGUAGGAAUCCCAAUGAGAACGUUUGGUUUCGGCUGCCCUGUCGUGCUCCGUGAAUACUAACAGCCUCAGUAAUUGUGCACACACUUGUAAUUUGUCUGGGGCUUUGCUCCACAGCACCAUAGGACUAAAAGAGCAGAGUACUUAGAGGGCAGAGCUGAAAACCCAGCUCCAUCCAUUUCAGUGGGGGAGAGAUUUUUGCCAGUAGUCACUCACUAGUCAUUUAGAAGAAAUCACCGUGUUUAGGUGGGGGGAAAAAAGAAAAGUAUUUUUCAAUCUAACAGAGUUAUGGAAAUACAUUAAUGACAAGCAUGAAGGUGUGAUUGGUUACUGCACCUUUAAGGGUUCAGAAAUUUAAAAGAAAAAAAAUAGGUUUUUGAUAGGAACAUGAAGGUAGCAUGAAGAAAAUAUGAAAUGCUAUAAAAUGCAAAAAAAAGCAAAAAUAACCCCCCACAGUAUUCAAUCUAUACUCCCAGCUUAAAGUAUAUAUACUCAGAUAACACUAAUUAAUUUGCAGUCUUUAUAGCAAUAUAUUAUCAAACUUUGCACCUGCACAACUUUGUAUCUCAGAGUAUUUUGAAAAUAGCAUAAUUUAUCUUUUUACAGAUUAUUUCAUAUAUAGAGCUAUAUCUACACAGGAGAGUUAGAUAAUUACAGGGAUGUAAGGACAAUUUCUACAAAAAGGUGAAAUACUCUUUCAGGCAUGUCCAAAGGGAACAAUGUGUUACGGAUUGAACUUCAUGGCAGGGAUGAGUUCACAUAAGUAUGAGCCUGCAAAGCCAUAGGAUUUGGUUCUCUGCUAGUAACUUUGAUCAAAGUCACCCACCUGCUCUCAAAAUUACUAGUCUGUAAUUUUUCAAAACUGAUUGAAAAUGAGAGGUUAACAAGGCAGUUUGUUCACUAUGAAUGUUCAUUCCUGUCACUUAAAGGUAAGGGGCAAGGGAGGAAAGGGAAGCACAAUACCCACAACAGUUCCCUUACAUCCUUGGUUGUUUAUGCAGUGGGUUAUUUCUAUUUUUUUAUAUACAUAAAAAUUCUACUGAUACUUAACAUUGCACUAAAAGAUUGCUUCCUUUUGUGUUUUAGAAUCACAAAUUACAGGGGAAAUAAAAGCUACAGCAGAAGUACCAUUAUGAAAUAAUUAACAGGUAUUACUCCACAGGGAUAAUAUCUGUAACCAGUAAAUCACACUGGAAGUUAGUUAGUUAGUUAGAGCUUAGUGUAGUCAAGUACUAUUAAGAGUUAAGCUCUUAAGUGCAUGGUAUCAUGUAGAAGAUACUGUUUCUAAGGAAAAUCAUGGCAUAACUCGUGCAGCUAUAUUUUUAUUUUGUAUUAACUACAAUGGAUUUCAAUAAUUUUUACUUGUAACUAACUAUGAAUAUGACAAAUAAAAGCAUAAUAUAAAACACA